AUAACAGCAGUUAUGGAUAGGGCUUUUGUGUUGGGAAUGUUCAAGUAUGUAAAGGAUAACAAACUCUACUGCCGUGUCUUGUUCUUUGUUGAGUGACUGUAUCUCGAGUCGACACUCGACAUCCUAAUAACUCCUAGUAAAUACACAAAUCAAUGUCAGGAUAUGUAUUGGGUUUGAGGGGUUUUCAGCCUCUUCACCCAAUCAUCAAUAUCAGCCUCAGCCAAGGAAAGGGAAAUGGGUCAAGCUUCUCUUUACUCACCAACUCCAACUAUGUCUUUUCCAAUUCCAUUUCGAAACAACUAGUAUUAUCAUUAUGGAGCUCUACAACUAUAACUACAACAUCAUCAUCAUGUACUCCAAAACUAAAGACCCAAGCAACAAAGUCCCAGGCUGGUUCUUCUUCUUCAUGGCCCCAACAACAAAGUCAAAAACAAGAAGAAGAAGAAGAAGAAGAAGAAGAAGAGUUUCAAUUAGUGACAGCAAUAAGAAGCCAAUUCAACGACAUUUUAAUUGUCGAUUCUCCAAAUUCUAGGAUGCUGCUUCUCGACGCUACUCAUAAUGUUCAUAGCAUUCUUUACAAGGACCAGAAAUGGACUGGUUCCUAUUGGGAUGAGUUUGCUAGCUUGCCGGCUAUUGUCCCAAAAGGUCCCAUUGCUAUCUUUGGUUUGGUAACUCUUUGGAAUAAUGUGGAUAUCUUCUUUGAGAUUAUUGGUGGGGGAACUACUGCUCGUCUAAUGCUUGACUUGUGGCCAUCAUUGCAACUUGAAGGCUGGGAGAUUGAUGAAAUUUUGAUUGAGAAAUCGAGAGAAUAUCUUGGGCUUUCAGAUCUUGAGAAACACACUGUAGCUGGUGGCAUUCUUAAUGUUCAUAUUGGGGAUGCCCUUUCACAGUCAGUUAAUGCUUCUGGAGGGUUUGCUGGCAUUGUCGUUGACUUGUUUUCUGGUGGAAAAGUAUUGCCGCAGUUGCAAGAGGUUCAAACCUGGUUAGAAUUGAAUGAUAGAUUGAUGCCAAAUGGUCGUCUCAUGGUGAACUGCGGUGGCAUUGAUGAAGCAGCUGAUGUGAUUGAUGGAGUGGUUCAUCCGAAAAAUUCUUCAAUUGAUGGUACCUGGGUGCAAAAUUUUACUAUCAAGGCUCUAUCCAAAGCAUUUCCUGGAAAAUUAAGCUGGAAGAGAAAGCCAAACAGUGAAGGUGAAAAUUAUCUUGCACUCACAGGACCUUUGCCAGAUUUGAUUUCAUGGUCUGCCAUAGUCCCAGAUCCACUGAGGACAGCAGUAAAGCAAUGGAAGCCUUGUGGAACCUUUUCAUGAAAGCCUGCAUUGAAACCUCCUUGUGCUGUUUUUGGAGUCAUUUCACUAAACCACAAUGAAUUAUGUGCCAUAAAAGAGAGUUGUGUGUUCUGAGGUUCUAUCCAGUGGUUAUACUGUUUUCUUUCUAUACCCACCCUCUGCUUAAAAGUCCACUGUUCCAGUUAUUAAGGAGAUGAAUUUUAAAUGCAAUAAGUAGUUGGUUGUAGCUCAAUAUGUUGCCAAAGUGCUAUGUUGUAAUUUACUUUUCUAAUACAGAGGAUCACAGCUAGGGUUAUUAAACCCAGCUGGUCGGUUAGACUGGUAACCUUGUGACCUAGCACAUUGACCGGUUUGGGUCAUCAAUUGGAUAGGAUGUGCACAAGACCCGGUCAAAACUUGUAAAACCUAGCGGGUUUUAAGCAAACUGUGUGACUUGGCUAGGUUUUAAUAACCCAGUUGGGUUUGUGAAUUAUGUAAAAUUACAUUAAUAGGUCUGCUCUAUUGAAUUUUUUCUAU